AUGGCCAAGCAGCUGCUCAUUCUCAUGGGCUUACUGGUCUCCCAAAGUCCCAACCAACAGAGUCAGGCCCCUACAGAGGAACUGAAAGUUGCUUCGUUCGAAUGUAUGGCUGUCAUCAUCCGCCAAAGUGCUUCACUAGCAUCCCCAAUCCUGGAAGGCGUUGGCGGCAAGAAUAUUGUGGAUCAACUAGCCUAUCAGCUACUCGAGGCAAUUGCGGAUGCAUCGUCUGAGGAUGUUCAGAUCAGUGCAACCCAUGCUCUUCUCGAGCUUCAGCGCGCUAUUCGGAAUCGAGCAUUAUUGGCCAGUUUGCUUCCCCGUACCGUCUCUACGUUAGUCAAAGUUCUUCGACCAAGUACUCAGGCCCGGCGAACGAGAAAGGUCCUUGUCACCUACCUAGAGCUACUGACUGAGACCUUAAGAAACGUUCUUGCGGACGAGGUCGUCUCGAGUGAACUUGGUGACAAGAGGAGGCCCAAAUCCACCAAAGCACGGAGCGUUGAUGAUGAGGCCAUCCUGGACAAGUCCUGGUUCGAUGCCACUGCAUCUCAAAUUGAUCUGGCUCUGGUCCAGGUGAUCAAACUCAGGAAUCAUGAAAGCCCUGACGUGGCCGAAGCUCUUCUCAACCUCUGUCUGACGGUCAUCGAUGACUGUUCGCAAACUCUCGCCCAGUCCAUCCCACUGAUGGUGGAGACUCUUGCGGUCCUUUGCCGUUCGCCCAAUGGGUCAAAAGCGAACGCCGCUCUCAAAUUCUUGAUAACAUCGAGGCCAGAGGUGACAGAGAUUCUGGGCACCAAAUUCUAUGACUGGUCUCAGGCCCUGCCCAGAGUGAUGCAAGGUAAUGACGACAGGCCCAAGCAGCAGUUGCUCAAGCAGGUGGCCACAUCAUUCAUUGCAUUAACGGACACGUCAAAUACCACCAAUGAAGAAAUGUCGAAGUUUGCUUCAAUAUUAGUUGAUACUGUCGCGGCAGCUGUUGAAUCCGGUUCGAAAACGUCGAAGCUGGUCAACGAGGCGCCACGUAUCCCCCCGAACGAGCUUGUUCAACAAUAUAGGCGAUCGGAACAAGGAUUUAUGCCGGUUAUCUUGAGCCAUCAGAGCCAGCAAUCAUCCACAGAGGAGCUGAAAAGCUUGAUCAUGUCCCUCAAGACGCACGCUUUCAGUCGGAAUAUUGCACGCAGUCUUGUUGACCAUUUACACGAUCCUGAUAUCAACAGGAAAUUAUCAGCAGCGUGGCUCGCUCUGGAAUUUCUGAGAUCUGACAGCAGCGAGUCGUUUGAUGUCAUGGAGCUGGUUGAAGACAAUGCUUCCCCUUCCGACGUCUCAAUUUCCCGUCCUUUUCUCAUAUCCGAUCUGUAUUCAAAUAUUCUACCAUUCCUGACGGAAUAUCCCGACAUCGAAGAUGAAGGAAGUACAGACUGGCGGCUAGUAGCACUGUCCCUUGAGACUCUAACACUUCAGGCUUCUCAGCUCAGUCGCUCAUACCGCCCUGAGCUAGUGGAGACACUAUUUCCUUUACUAACUCUGCUUGGUUCCAGUAAUGCAUUGCUUCAGCAGCAUGCCAUGACAGCCCUGGACAUUCUGGCAACAGUAUGUGAAUAUGAUUCAGCAUCUCACAUGCUGGUUGAGAACGUGGACUAUCUUAUCAAUGCUGUUGCGCUCCGGCUCAACGCCUUCGAUGUAUCGCCACAGAGUCUCCAGGUCAUUGGGAUGAUGAUCCGUCUCUGUGGUGCAGGUCUCCUCCCGUACCUGGACGACCUGAUCGGAAGCAUAUUUGGUGCCCUAGACACCUUCCACGGAUAUCCCAACCUCGUCGAACAGUUAUUCGAAAUUCUAAAGAUGGUAGAGACAGAAAGUACAAGGAAGCCUGCCAUUCUAGCAAUUGAGUCCGGACGAAGAUCCGAUAGCCACCGAAGCAUGCCGAGCCAUAUCUCUGGAUUGGAAGAUAUCCUCAGUGACUUGAAGAGCAGGAAACAAAGACAGCGCCAAUCUGACGAAGAACAUGAUGAUACCACUGCCACUGAUGCUCCUCGUCAGCCAUGGACAACCGCUGAAGACGGCCCACCAAGUAGGGAACAGAAUGGCCCCUCCGACAAGAAUGAAGGGGUGGAAGAUGAUCAAUCUCUUGAGCAAACAACUAACGAGAAGGAGGCUAAGAUAUCCAAGUCUCAUCAGCUUUUACUCAACAUUGCACAGUCCACGGUUCCACACUUGUCAUCUCCUUCACCAAAGGUACGAUUUACUUUGUUGGGUCUGCUGCAAGAGAUAUGUCCGCUCCUUGGUGAACAUGAGAAUACCUUUCUGCCGUUGGUGAACACUAUUUGGCCGGCAGUGGUGUCCAGACUUUUGGCCAAGGAGGAUCCCACUACGCCGAAUGCAGCAUACAUCAUUAGGGCUGCGGCCGUCACAAUAGCAGCUAUCUGUGACGCAGCAGGCAAUUUCAUGUCCAGUCGGAUCGAACAACUUUUCGAUGAACUUGAAAAUCUAUUCAAGAAAACUUAUUCGAGUGUCGUUACGUCGACGAAGCGGGAGAAGCCGAUUUCGAUGCUAAGCAUGAAAAGAUCAGAAUUGGUUAUCUCAACGCGCAAUUCGACGCAGCUUAACCACGAAGACAGCACGCCGCCUCGUCAGGCUUCUAUGGUCCCCUACAGCGCCGUAUUCAGGUCCUCAGAUGGACAAGUUUUGGAAGCACUCGUAACGCUGUUGGUUAGCAUUCUUCGGCAUGUUCAAAUCUCAGAAGACAACGUGGACAGAAUCUUUGCGCUCCUUGCCCCGCUUAUGCACACGGAAAGAGUACGGCAGGCAUUGUUGGAUUAUAAUGAAGAUGUGGUGUGGCUGAUUGAAAAUCACCCAUUUUGA